AUGUUCCAACAGAUAUCCUUUGCAGCCUCUGUCGUAAUCGUGCUGGCCGGGGCCGCGCUCGCCCUGUCCUGGGCCUACUAUCUCUACAAGGAUAUCGCCCAGCCCAUCGCCGACUCUGCCGACGACGAGGCUUCUAAGCUCACCAGCGAUAUUCGCAGGGACUCGCUCCAGGCGCUUGCGAAGAAAAUCCGCAACGGGGCAUUCUACCUGUUUUGGGAGCAAGGGACAGCAGGGCUUUGGAUAGCUGCAGGAAUCGUAGUGUGGCUGGCGCUAGCCUCCUCAGUCUACACGGCGAUCGCCUUCGGCUGGGGGGUUGCAGUGUCAGCAGGCUGCGGGUACUUCAGCCUGGUGGUGGCGACUUCCGUUACGGCCAGGACUUCCGCAAAGGCGGCUAAGAACAUCGACCAAAGCUAUAAGAUUGCCCUCAAAGCCUGCUGCGUGAUUGGGUUCACCGUGGUGGCAAUCAACUUGCUGGCUGUCCUAGUCCUCCUUCUAACGCUCUACGUGCUCCAGGGCUGCGAGCUGGAGCACUACUCGGUCGACAAACGGGCCUGCUUGCGCAGACUGUUUCAUUCGAUGGUCGGAUACGCGUUAGGCGGAGGUUUUUCUGCCCUGAUCGGCAAGGUGAGUGGCUGCAUAUUCGCCAAGGCAGCUGACUCUGCCGCAGAUGACGGCAGAAUCCAGAAGGAAUUGCCUGCGGGCAGUCCUCGCAACCCUGCGACUGUGGCUGACUACGUGGGAGGGAUGGUUGCCGACCUGUCAGGCAUGUGUAUGGACCUCUGCAGUUCUUUCAGCGGGGUUAUGUGCGCCGCCUUACUCCUCUCCUCUUCACAUCUGAGUACUUCCACUGGAGAGGCAGACCUUUCCCUGCAGAGCUUCGCGUUGGUGGUGCCUGCUCUGGGACUGAUAGGGAGCGUGUUGGCCAGCUACUCGCAGUUCGUGCUGGUGCGAGUCUACAGCAAGCGGGAUGUCGAGUCAGGACUGGGCUCGAUCGUCUUCGUGGCAGGGAUUAUCAGCACCGGGCUGAUCUGGAUUGGAGGGUACCUGACCCACGAAAGGACUGUGCAUUUCGCGGAGGGCCGCACUACCGGCUACAACACCCCUUUCCUGUGCGUCUGUGCCGGGCUCUGGAGCUCGCUUGUCUAUUUGUGGGCGGCUGAAUAUUCCAGUGCGACCAGCAACUUGCCCGUCCAGGAACUCUUGAACGCCUGCAGGUCUGGCCCCGCCACCAACAUCAUCUACGGGCUGGCCUUGGGGCAACGCUCCACCUUCCUUCCCACAUUCGUCCUAGCACUCACCUCCUUCUACUCGCUGCAGAGUCUGGGCUAUUACGGACUCGCGCUCUCCGUCCUGGGCUUGCUUAGCACCCUGCCGUUACGGAUUGCAGUGGACGGAUUUAUCCCGGUUGCGAGAAACGCCGCCGGGCUGGCAGACUUGGCCGGGAUGGGUGACCACCCCAGGAUACGUCUCCAGGCGCUCAUCCUGACACACGCCCUCACUCCACCCCGAGUGCAGGCCGUAGUCGUCGGAGGGGUGGCCAGUCUCUCCCUCUACGGGGCUUUCUUGGCCGACCAGCCCAAAUCUCUGCAAAUUUAUCAAGACGGGGUGUUUGCGGGCCUUCUGCUGGGAGCGAUGUUGCCGUACAUGUUCAGCGCAAUGCUGGUCCGGACCAGUGCUCAAGCCACCAAGGGGGUCACCACCGAGGCUCGGGAUCAGAUCCGGAGAGAGACCGGCAUUCUCUAG